UGGAGUAAGUUGUUUUGGGAUAAAGGAAAAUGGUGGCUGUUCUCCACAACAACACGACGGGAAACGCCACGCAUCCUACAGCUAUGCCUGAUCAUUCAGUGAAUAUUGUUGAGGUUGUGAAAGUAGUUUCUUUUUGGCUGAUCAUAAUCGUUGGUGUCAUGGGAAACUCGUUGGUUAUUGCUGUUGUGAAACUGUUUCGCAGCAUGAGAACCCCUACUAACUACCUCUUGGUGAACGUAGCUGCUGCAGACAUUGCCACGCUGUUUUUUACAGCAAUCUUAUUUUUGAUAACCACGAGGUACAGUGCUGCCCAAUCUGGGGCAUUUGCAAGUUUCGUCUGUAAAUUUUUCUUCACUAAUAGUAUCGCGAUUAUCACACUACUGGUAACAGCCCUGACGUUAACAUUGCUAGCCUUCGGAAGAUACCAAGCUUUGGUUAAACCACUCUCAGUAACUGGGAGGUUGACCAUUGACAGGAUUGCUUACGUUAUAACUGGAAUCUGGAUGGUUGCCGCUGCUUUGGUUAUUCCUUUGCUAUCUACCUUCUACUGGGAUCCCAAAAAAUAUCUUUGUUCUCUUGGAGAUGCAGAGUAUGAAAUGAUGGUAUACAUUGAUUGCUUGAUUGUUGUUCUCACCAUAGUCCCAUUUUCUUUGAUCGCAUUUUUCUACUCUCAGAUUGUUUACGGAAUGUAUUUCAAGAAUACAGUUUGCGGAAACAAAAGCGAAAGAUGUGACACACCGGAGGAAACGAGAGAAAAGAGAAAACUGGUGACACUGCUCAUCUUACUUACUGUCAUUUUUUUCGUGGCUUUCAUUCCUUACGGAGUUCUGCUGAUUCUAAAAGUGAGUAUGGUGAACCACUCACUUUUCUAUCUCAGGCUGCAAACUGCUUCACAGUAUCUUACUCUGUUAAACUGCUCGAUAAACCCUUUUAUCUACGCAUUUCAAAGUUCUGAUUACAGGUUGGCCUUCAAGGUAAUUCUGAAAAAAAUGUUAUGUCGUGAUCCAACGGAAGAACGUUCUGAACUGCUGGAAAGGCGUACUCGUACAUCUGUUCGCAGAGUACAAACGAAAGUGUGAAACAGCCUUCUUCCGAGAGAUUUGGUUCUGAUAGUAAUAACAAAUUUUGUUUUCAAAAGUAACUCAACACACUGGAGGAAAGGUCUUGAGAUGUAUCACAUUUUUUUCGCUAAAAGUCUUACGUUUCUCUGUAUAGAGCUCAGCGUGGACUAUAAUUACACAACUUGCGCUUUCGAACCAACUUUUCAAAUCAAAAAAGCGACUUUGUGUAAAGAUAGUACAAUCCCACUAAUAUCUUAAUUGAGAUUUGCAUUUUUACUUGUCCGAAACUGAAAAAAGAAAGCCGGAUCAGUUCUUCUGCAAGAGAAGAGAAGCAAAUCCUAGCGUCUCGACCUCAGCAAGUAGCCCUUUUAAUAACCAUACCGAUUUCAAAAAAGCCGAGUGGCUGUUGAAAAAGAAAUUGAGAGAAAACUACCAAGAAUGUGAAAUGCCAUCGAAGAAUCCUCCCAGAUCACAACGAUCGCACCUCGCGAUAUUCCAAUAUCAACCCUCAACACUGUCAG